AUGAAGAAUAUGCUAUCCGCACAGCUUGUACAAGGGAAAACAUGGCAUGCACCCCUUAGGACUACAACAUCAGCUGGAUCCUCAAACGAUUUCCUGUUUUCGUCGCUCGGUAUUGGUGUGUUACCGGGUAGGGCUAAACAAGCCAAGGCAGGAGAAGAAAAAACCGAUGACAAAUCAGCUGAGGACAAGAAAGAAGAUGCAGCAAAGAAGAAAGAUGAAGCAGCAAAUUCACUGCCGCUACAAAGGAGGAAAAUGUUGGCGCCAAAGCGCCCAUAUCAUCGGGCAUUCAAACUUUAUGAAUAUUCGGAAGUUAGCUGCAAAACCAUGCGCAGAUCACGAUUUAAGGUGUCAGCGGGACAUACAGGAGCGCGACGAAGGAGCCCCACCCUCCACGCUUCACACGCGCACCCGCAGUUGCCGCUUGAACUUGAAACAACCGGAUGGCUUAAGUUGGGUGGAAGUUAUAUAGAUAUAAACUGGCGACUUCUUACAUAUUGGGAAACAUUAUUCGGUUAUAUAGCGCCAAAGACAAUGGAUUCACUUAAAAAGGAUGUUGACGAUGGGUUAACUAUAACCAAACAUAAUAGAGAAAGGAUAAACGAAUCAAAGUAUGUAGGGGACAUUAUACAAGAGACAGAACUGUAUUUACGCGAGGAAUGGCAUAGGCCCGAUAAGAUACCAACUAUAAAAAAAUGGGUCGCUAGUGGUGUAUGGAUGUGCGGCAAGGCAGGAACAGGCAAUGUCACAGAAUAG